AUGGCUUCCUCAAACAACAGAACCUCGACAUAUACACACUCGUCGACGGGCGACCACGACCGACCAAAGAGCUCAGACGCGAAGAAGGACCUAUGGUCUUCCAUGCUAGAUGGAGUUGCUAGCGGAAAGCGAUUACCAGAGAAGAAUAUCCUAGUCCUCGGUAGGUUUCAACAAGCUGCGAACAAAUGGCAUAUAACUGACGGUGAGGCAGGCGGCUCUACGGAUUCCCAGAGGGAGUUUCUUGAAGGAUUGGCUGCUGAAGAUACGAGGAAGAAUUCAGAUCGGCAGAGUAGCAAGCAACCCCCUAUAGCGAACAAUAUCGCCCUAGGAUACACAUAUCACGAUGUUCUGGAUGCCGACCACGAGGAUAUCCUGGCCCGCCUUUCGUUGUACCUGCUCGCCGACCCCUCGCCAUCGUUCACACCCCUUCUACGACCCCUCCUGACUCCCGAAAGCAUCCCAAAUACCCUUAUAGUUAUACUACUUGAUUGGUCACAGCCAUGGUUCUGGCUGAGGCAAUUACGGGAUUGGAUAAGUUUACUACGGACGCUACUGGUUUCGCUGGACGAUGAUUGCAAAGAAAAGAUGGAGGAGGUCAUGCUCAGUUGGCGAGACAGAGGGCGCGGUGGACAUAGUCUCGACGGUGUAGCUACCAGCAGUACGACUGAGAGCGAUAUCAGCUUGCCGUUGGGUCCUGGAGAGUGGGAUGCAGCCCUUGGUCUACCACUAUGCGUUGUCUGUCAGAAUUCUGAUCAUAUUGAGAAGCUGGAGAAAGAGCGAUCUUGGGGAGAAGAGGAGUUUGACUUCAUCUUGCAGUUUUUGCGAACGAUAUUACUAAAGCACGGCGCAUCUCUUGUGUACACCAUUCCAUCCGUCUCCAGCCCGCUAAAGAACAUCGUACACUCAUCCCUAGGCAUACAUUCGCUUCUAAAACAGCAACAUUUCAAACACAACGUCAUUGACCGGGAUAAGGUAGUGGUACCACCAAACUGGGAUUCUUGGGGCAAGAUCAGAGUUCUUCGGGAAGGAUUUAACGUGGAGGCUAUUAACAAAGCAUGGUCCAUUGACAUCGAAGAAGAUGAAUUUCCUGAGCUAUCACCCAGUGGCGAUACGAACGACGAGGACGAGGACGAGUCGCCCAAAGCUCCACCAGGAGCCGUAGCAGCUUACGAGGCUACAAUCCGUGACCCGCAGCUCGACGCUCUACAAGCAACAUCCACAGAAACCAACGGGUCUAAACUCGAGGUUUCCAGCCAGGAUACACAGGCCUUCCUGAGCAAGCAGCUACAAGUGCUAGACCACAUCAGAAUAGACGCAGAUCCUUCUGGAUUGGUGGCCGGGCGGAAUGUGAAAGAGGCGGAUGCCCAAGGCGAUGAGGGUCGUGUGAGUGAGCACAUUGGACCCGUGCAGUUCAAUAUGGGCGGUAUACAGGUUGAUGCCGAUGAUAUGUUGCAAAAACUUAAGGACCGCCAAACCUACCAAACCCCCGAGCCCACCUCCCCGGGCCUCACAUCCUCGGAUGGGAAGCCACAGAACCACGAGGCCUUGGCAUCAUUUUUCGCUGGCCUCAUGAAGAGAGGUGGGGGAAGUGCUGCUAGUAGUCCGAAACCCGGAACCUCGUAG